AUGGCGGCUUGUGUCGCCGGAGAGAGGUUGUCGAGUCCGACUGGGACUGGGAGCGAAGCCGGCCAAGCGAGUCGCGCCCGUCGUGCGGAGAAGUUGACUGAUUUACCAACCGAGUUGUUGGAACACAUCUUGUGCUUCCCAGUGCUCGAGCACGUCGACAUUUGUAAUGUGUCCUGCUGCUGCCUCCGACUGCGCGACGUUUGCCACAGCAGAGGGAAGGUGUGGGGGCACCAAUAUAAACUCAGGUGGCCGCGGCUGCAGAGGUUUUACCCGCAGAACGAGAGCUGCGACUGGCUCCGCGAGUACAAAACGCGCCACUGGGUGGGCAUCCAAAUCCGAAGGACGGUGGAAUCCAUCUCGAAACGCUUCUUCAUGGAAGUGCCAUGCAUCGGCCAAGUGUUGGGUGACAGUUUCACUGAAAUCGAGUCGCUGGGUAUGCCCAUGCAUUUCUGCGAAGAUGAGCUACUUUUUAUCCUCAGCACAGAUAAGAGGAAAAGUCUGACAUUGAAGUACUAUGCAAAAAAGAUCCUUUACUUCCUGAGGCAACAGAACAUCCUGCGCGCUCUUAAGAGCUUCCUCGAGCAACCACCUGAACAGCAGUCUGCAAUCGCGGGUGCAGUCCUGGUGGACCAGUACUGUAAUCCGCUGGCAGAAGUCACGCUGGACGGAAUAUCAGCGCAGCUGGAUGACAUUGUAGAGAAAGUCAAGAAGACCUUACGGGUGAAAAAUCCAUCCCACCCCAGCCUCCGCGUGGCUCCAGGUGGCGAGCGUAUCCGGCUGGACGAUUUUGAGCUCCAGCGGCAGGUCUUCUGCGCCCUCAACGCUGUCUUGUAUGAGCAGUUGCAGUACAAGGGUGACCAGCUGGAUUACUACAACCCCUUCAACUCCUACAUACACCAGGUACUGCUUCGUCGCAAGGGCAUCCCCAUAAGCCUCUCGGUUGUCUACAUGACGCUUGCUCAAAGGUUGGGUGUCAAGUUGGAGCCGGUCAACUUCCCCAGCCACUUCUUGCUGCGCUGGUGCCAAAAAGAACGAGGGAGCGAUGACAUCUACGACUACGUGUACAUUGACGCAUUUGGUAAAGGCAAGCAGAUGACGGCCAAAGAGUGCGAGUACCUCAUCGGGCACCAGGCCAGCGCUGACUUUUACGGUGGCAUCGGCACCACCGAGAUGUUGCUCCGGAUGGUGGGAAACCUGCUCAACAUCGGGAAAAGAGGGGAAGGCAAAGAGAAGUCCUACCAGCUCCUUAGAAACACGCUGGACCUUUUCCUCACCAUCAACCCGGACAACGUUUCUUACCUUCUGCUGCAAGCCAGACUAUACUUCCACCUUGGCAUCUGGCCAGAGAAGGUUCUGGACAUACUGCAGCACAUCCAGGCAUUGGACCCGUCUCAACACGGAUCAGUGGUCUACCUGGUUCAGCACACGCUGGAGCACAUACAGCACAAGAAGCAGCCUACCACCCCCGAGGUGAAGCGGCGCGGGACGGCCGACCACCUGGAAGUCCGGUACUCUGUGGGCCUUGUCAUGAAACACAAGAGGUCGGGUUACAACUGCGUCAUAUAUGGCUGGGAUCCCAAGUGCACCAUGAGCCAGGAGUGGAUCACCACCAUGAGGGUCCACCAGCUGCCCGAUGGCGCCGAGCAGCCUUUCUACAAUGUCUUGGUGCAGGAUGGCACUUGUCGAUACGCCGCACAAGAAAACCUGGAGCCCCAUUCGGACCCCCUGGAGAUUGGGCACCCCGAGGUGGGCCGCUACUUCUCUGAGUUCGCCCACACAUACUAUGUGGCCAACGACGAGCUCAGGACCCGUUACCCAGACGACUCGGAACACACGGACGAAGUGGCACGCGACCUCUACCCACGACCGCCCUUGCCCUCGCCCAUGUAG